AUGAGUGGCAUGAAAGCUGUCUACAAAUUCCACGGCAAUGUGGUGCACUCGUUCGCAAGCUUUCCAAGCGCCACAGAGGCAUCCAAUGAGUACGCAUUGGGUUCAAAAGAAGACAAGGUUAAUCAUUCGUAUACGGGCAGGAUGGAUGGUGGUAUAUCCAUGCCAGCACUCAAGUCAACCGGUCCUUACGCCGCUCUUGUUACUUCUCUUAAGCUGGCAAAAGAAGAUAGUGAAAUAUUUCUCAAAGACCGUGUAGAAGGCCCCGUACCAGUAAAACUUUACAAUCAAUAA